AUGGAUGAGGAUUGGUCAACCGAGGUUCAGGGUGGUGGUGCAGUAGCAGCCCCCAAAAUCGCAGAAUUGCCUGAGAUUAAAUUAUUCUCCAGAUGGAACUGUGAUGAUGUUCAAGUAUCAGAUAUGUCUCUGCAGGAUUAUAUUGCUGUAAAAGAAAAGAAUGCCAAAUACCUACCACACUCUGCUGGUAGGUAUGCAGCCAAGUGGUUCCGUAAGGCACAAUGCCCCAUUGUUGAAAGGUUGACAAACUCCCUUAUGAUGCAUGGUAGAAACAAUGGUAAAAAACUGAUGGCUGUGAGGAUUGUCAAACAUGCAUUUGAAAUUAUCCACCUUCUAACAGGAGAAAAUCCUCUACAAGUCCUGGUAUCGGCCAUAAUCAACUCCGGCCCGCGCGAAGACUCCACCCGUAUCGGUAGGGCCGGAACUGUCAGAAGACAGGCGGUGGACGUGUCGCCAUUGCGCAGGGUCAACCAGGCCAUCUGGUUGCUGUGCACUGGCGCCCGAGAAGCGGCCUUCAGAAACAUCAAGACCAUCGCUGAGUGUCUCGCCGACGAGCUCAUCAACGCGGCAAAGGGAUCCUCAAAUUCAUAUGCUAUUAAGAAGAAAGAUGAACUUGAACGUGUGGCUAAAUCUAACCGUUAA